UCCGGCAGGAUUCUUGGGUUCCCCGAACGGGCUUCCCCAACCUGAGGCCGGCUGCGGUCCCCGCGUCGUCUCCCUCCCGCGUCUCGCCGCGUCUCGCCAGCGCCCUUCUCUCCCCGGCGGUGUCCCAGUCCCGGCGGUGCAUCUGUCGCAGGCUCAUCUCGCCACGCUAUCGGUGACCGCACGUGGCCCCCAUGCCUCCCCGCAUUCUGUGGUGGGGCCCUGUGGCCUCCUGCCGCGCCGUCUCCUCGUUCUUCAGCUUCUGUUCCGUCGCGGCCCGGGGCUCGCGGGGGGCCCCCGUGUGGGCCCCCCUCGGCCCCCGAGGGCCGGGGGCCCCCCGAGGGAAGGCGUCAGGGCCGAGGUUGGAGGAGCUGCGCGAGGAGGAGCUGAGGGAGCAGUUCGUGCGCGGGAGCGGCCCCGGGGGCCAGGCCACCAACAAGACGAGCAACUGCGUGGUGCUCAAGCACCUGCCCUCGGGCAUCGUGGUCAAGUGCCACCAGACACGCUCGCUGGAGACCAAUCGCAAGCUGGCACGCGGGAUUCUGCGCGCGAAGCUGGACGAGCACACCCAUGGGGACGCGAGCGCCGUGCGGCUGCAGCGGCUGGAAGGCCAGCGGCAGCGCGCCGCUGCCAAGGCGAUCAGCCGUCGCUCGCUCGAGCGCAAGCGGGCAUUCCAGUCGCUCGACCCAACCAGCACGAGCCCCUGACGGCACCUGCGCUGCCGGGAUGUCACUGUGGGCAAUGAGGCCGCAACGUCCAAAGAACUUGAAUGAGAAGUAUAUUUUAAGGCAAUGUUAUCUCCAAUAUCCCAAAUCUCAGAAAAAGCAUAGGAAUGGCUAAAUCACUUACAAUUCAGUCUCUAAAGGUUGCACUUGAUUUGCCGUAUGUGAGAAGAAGAGUGAAUAGUUCACUGGUCAACGCAGAGAGUGGGGCAGCCUAUGAGAGCAACAUCUCUGAAGAAGCACCGCCGUGUAGCCCUGAACUGUGCUGGAUAGGAACCGCCACAGUAGUCUGUCCUCGGUGAGACACGAAACAAAAUGUGUUGCGACCCCGUGACAUUGGAAACAAUCGGCCACGUGCGCUUGCGUCGCAGUCCAAAUUUGAGAAAUGACCGGCAAAUUCCAGUCCCCGACUGCGUCGCAAGCUUGCGAGAGGUGGCGGCGACGUGGAGAGGGAGGCCUUCAUGCAGCAGUGGAUUGCUCGUGGCUGAUGAUGAAGGCAUAAAACUUAAAAGUUGGAGCAAUUUAUUUGUAUGGUUAAGGGCAUUAUUUGAUAACGCAUUUGAAUAUUUACGUAAUUCACUUUUACCGCAUAAGGAUAUUGGAACUGCUAAAGUGAUGCCAACAAGGGAGAUAUCUGGUCUGAGCCCUCGGACUUAGGCUGUUGCCUUGCUUUGGAGUUAUUGCAUAACCAUGUUGGAUAUUUACCCAGGAAAAUAUCACCAAGUCAAAAGACCUUUGCAGGAGGGACCCUGUAUCAGGAUUUGAUCCCAAUGUAUUGCAUGUGUUAGAAAACUGGAGCCCAAAUUGAAAACCCAUACGGGGAGGGGUAACGCAGAAUAGUGCAACUUCGUGGCCCACCUUAUGGCCCCAAGCCCCCUUCUGGCCAGACCUGCGUAUCCUCUAAAAUAUGACAAAAUCAUGCACAUUUAAUGCAGUGUGAUCGUAAGCAAAAGCAUAAAAAACAAUUACUCAUCAGUAUUUGCAGUUGUUAGAAUAUGUACACGUAUUACACAUGUACUUCAUUUUCUUUAAGAUUUUCUUAGGUGUUCAUGAUCGUACAUGAUAUCUCCAAAUGUGUCAAAAUGGAGCGAAGAAAACAGUCCCAUGACGAGUGUAUACACAACAAUGUCUGUGUAAUGUGCUUCGUAAUUGUUUAUGACCACAAUGUUUGCAACUUGUUUGUGAUUGAAGCAAUCCAGAACAUGCAGAAAAAUAUCGACUCUUCACACCUUGAUGCAACAGUGAAAUAAAAGGAAUGUUUGAAAGUA